AUGCCCACCAUCUUCUGGAAGAACAUUCUCAAAUGCUUACCCACCAUAACCCCGUCCUCACAUCCAUUGCCCUCAGAGUUGCAAGAGCAUAGUGAUCCAUUACUAUCAUCCGCUACCGCCGCCGCCCCCACCACAUCAGUAAUGAUCAAGAACUUCAACUCCCUCUAUGACCUCUCCUCAGCAUCCACCUCCAAAUCCCUCAGUACUCCCUCCACCAACUCCUCCUCCUCAUCUUACUCCGAUCCUGACACCGACUCGACGCCUGAUUUUGCCACCAUUAUCGCCUCACAACGUUUCUUCUCCUCCUCCCCUGGCCGCUCCAAUUCCAUCAUUGAGUCCAUGCAAGAGCUUCAUACCCCAGUCAGUGGAGGUGUUGCCAUUAAAAAGUAUUCACUAGAUCCUUACAUAGAUUUUAAAAACUCAAUGCAAGAGAUGAUUGAAGCAAGAGAGAUAAGGGACGUUAGGGCUAAUUGGGACUACUUGCAUGAGUUGAUCUCUUGCUAUCUUAAAUUAAACCCUAAAAACACCCACAAGUUUAUCAUUAGUGCUUUCGCUGAUAUAAUUGUUUGCCUAUUGUCUUCGCCCUCGCCGGAACCCGACACCCACUGGAAACCUGAAGGCCUUCAACAACACAAGGUUUCACGUUUAUUGGUGUGA